AUGGACUACCUCAAGACGGUGGUUCCGUCACAGCUCAUGGCCGAGCGCGGCUCCAAUCUUGUCGUCAUCAACCCAGGAUCUGGAAAUGUGCGAAUGGGAUUUGCUAGUCAGGAUGUGCCAUUCAAUAUACCACAUUGCAUUGCCCGACGCAACAAUCCACAAGAGGGCGAAGAACCAAGAUUCUCUGUGCGCGAUCAGAUGCUCAACUGCCAUGCUACUUCAUCGCAGAAUGUGGAGCGGGAGAGUGCAUAUGAUAUUAUUGCAGCACUGAUGAAAAUCCCAUUUUUGGAUGAUGAAGAAAUGCCUUCACCGAACCAACCCCUUCCUCCAAAGAUGGGACGUGUUGAUGGCUUUUCUUCGCAGCAAAACAGAGACGAUAUUAAAUUCACUUGGACAGAUGUGACAGAGAGAAUUAUUAAGCCAUCCACAUCAAUUGAUAGGUCAGUAUACAAGGAUGCUGAGGAAGAUACUCCGCCAAGCACAUCUGAUGAUGAUAAUGGACAUGACUUUAAAGAGAAUAAGUAUAAAGAAAUGAUAUUUGGAGAAGAUGCUCUGAAAAUUCCUCCUUCGGAGUCCUACUGUCUGAGUCGUCCUAUUAGGAGAGGCCAUUUUAAUGUGUCUCAUGAUUAUUCACUGCAUCAGGUUUUAGAAGAUUUACGCACUAUUUGGAACUGGGUACUGACAGAAAAGUUGCAUAUCAACCCAAGAGACAGAGGUCUAUAUUCUGCAAUUCUUGUUCUUGGGGAGACAUUUGACAACCGAGAAAUAAAAGAGAUGCUGUCUAUUGUCCUCAAUGAUUUGGGGUUCAGCACAGCAGUUGUACAUCAGGAAGCUCUAGCUGCAGCGUUUGGAAAUGGUCUAUCUACAGCUUGUGUUGUCAACAUUGGCGCUCAAGUUACACAAGUAGUUUGUGUUGAGGAUGGAGUAGCUUUGCCCCACACAGCUUUGGCGCUUCCAUAUGGUGGAGAUGACAUCUCCAGAUGCUUGCUUUGGGUUCAACGUCGCCAUCGCACGUGGCCAAACUUCCAAACUGAUCCAGUGAGCAAGCCUAUAGAUCUGCUAAUUCUCAACAAAAUAAAGGAGUCAUAUAGCCAAAUAAAAACUGGGAGCAUUGAUGCAGUUGCGCUUGUUCAUUCAUAUGAUAAUGAAAGAUCUGGUGGACAUCAGAAGACAAGACUAUCAGCUCUUAAUGUUCCUCCUAUGGGGCUUCUUUACCCAAGGGUUCUUGUUCCAGAAGAGUACCCUCCACCUCCUCGAUCUUGGUUCCAAGACUAUGAUGACAUGCUGGAGGAUACCUGGCAAACAAGUGAUGGUCUUUACCCUAGUGGGAAUGGUGGGUUUGGCAUGUGGGACAGUUAUCCGAUGUUUCCCACUAGAUUAAAGAAAUUUGAGAACAUUGGCCUCGUAGAGGCCAUUAUUAGUAGCGUUCUUUCAACAGGACGUGUUGACCUUCAAAGGAAGCUGUUCUGUAGCAUUCAGCUGGUUGGUGGUGCAGCUUCUACAACUGGCCUUGCACAAGUGCUGGAGCAAAGGGUUCGCACUAAAAUUUCAGCAAACCAAUCUAUUGAGAAAGUUGAGGUGUUGCAAUCUAGGACUUAUCCAUUAUUUGUUCCAUGGAAAGGUGGAGUGCAAACUCAAUAUGGCAUCAGAGCUAAUGUCCUAGUGUGA